ACGAUUAUGUAUAUGAUUCCUAUACAGAUUCUUAUAAUAAUCUCUAUGCUGAUUCUUAUAAUGAUCCUCAUACAAAUUCUUUUAAUAAUCUUUAUACUGAUUUUUACAAUGAUCUCUAUGCUAAUUCUUAUAAUAAUCUCUAUUCUAAUCUUUAUAAUAAUCUUCAAGCCAAUUCUUAUAAUGAUCUUCAUAAUAAUAGAUCUAAUAAUUUAGAAGAUAAUAAAUCAUCUUAA